AUGAAUGUGGAUAUAGAGAACGUUCAAUUAGACUUUAUCAAGGAAUUAUCAAAAAAUAUCACUGCUUUACAAGUAAAAUCAAAUAAUCUAUGCUUCGCCUUAAAAUCAGGUAAAAUAUAUUUAAUCAAUUUAGAAACACCUUCAAAUGUAGUUCAUUUCCAAAUACCAUUAUUAAUAACAAAUAAUGAUAAUAAUCUGAACGUUAACGAGAAAUUAUUAACCAUCUCAUUAUCUCCAAACGCUGAUAAACUUUUCAUAAAGACAAAUUUCGCAAAUUAUUACAUAUUACAAUUAAAUCAUCAACAAGAACCAAAUACCAACAUUAAUAAAAUAAAUAGCAUAAUACCAAUUAAAAAGUUGUCGAAAAAGAAAAAUUAUGACAUAAGGGCAAUUGAAUGGAUUAAUAAUGAUACAAUCAUUUGUGGUUCCACAGAUGGUACAAUCCUUCGGAUAGAUUCUUCUCAAACUUUAUUAUUAACAGGUUCAAAACAACCUAAAGUGACUCAAUUAAUCCAAGAUUCUUCAUCAUCAAUCGAUGGGAUACUGUAUCAUAAUGAAAAAUUACUCAUUGCAUCUGGUAAUCAAGGAACUAUCAAGAUAUGGAAAAAUGUGAAAUUUAUGAAUCAACAUGAUAUGGAAACGUUUUUCAAAGAAAAGUUUAAAUCUCCUGAUGAAAUGGAGAAUUUUGAUGAUAAUUUGAUUGCUGAUGAUGACCAUCAUGACAAUAAAAUUAUGCAUUUUACUCCAAAAUUUUCUAGUUAUGGUUCUUUAUUUGCAUGGGUUACAAGUACGGGUAUAGUAUUUGGUGAUUUAGAACCGUCAACAAAGGCAAAGGUUAAUCAACCAAUUGAAGAUACCAAACCCACUAUCUUGAAAGAUGCUAAAAUUUUGUUGAAUAUUGAACUUUCAGAUUCUAAAUAUAAGAUUAAAGAUGUAAUCAUGACCAAAUUCCAUAUUAUCAUUAUAAGAGGGUUUACCAUUACAAUAAUAAAUCAACUAGAUAACUCUAUCGUAUUCGAAGAAUCAAUAUGGGAUAAUAAAGAUACAAGUAGUGGGAAAUUAUUGGGCCUUGCAGCUGAUUAUUCUCAAUCAUUACCCACAUUUUGGUGCUUUUCCAACACAAACAUAUAUGAAAUAAUACUAAAUAAAGAAUCAAACGCCAUUUGGAAAUUAUUAUGUGAUCAAAAGAAAUUUGAUGUUGCCUUGAGUUUAAAGGAUUCAUUAAAUCAAUUCCAAAUUGAUUCCAUACUCUUAUACAAGGGAGAGCACCUAUUAUUAACGGCUCAUGAUGGUAUGGAUGAAAACCUGUAUGCUGAAGCAGCUAGAUGUUUUGGUUUAACAUCAUCAAGUUCCAUUACAUCCUUAGCCUUGAAAUUUUUCCAAUUGAAAGAUAAUUUCACAAAUAACGAUGAUUCCAACGGAAAUGAAAUUUCAUCGACGAAAAAUCUACAAAUCUUCUUAACCACCAAAUUAAAUCAUAUAAAUAAUAAAGUACAAGGAAUCUUGAUUUCAAGUUGGAUAAUUUGGUUAUUUAUGAAAGAAUUAAAUCAUAUUGAAGAAAAAAUAAGUCAAUCAAAAAUUCAAGAUGAUAUAACAAACCUUAAUGAAACAAAAUUCAAGACAUCAAAAGAAUUGCAAACAUUUUUAUCAAAAAAUCUACAUCAUUUAGAUAAAGAAACAAUAUACCAAAUCAUUUCUAACCAAAAUAGGAAAAAUGAAUUAUUAUAUUUUGCUAAUCUAAUAGAGGAUUAUCAUGAUGUUUUAGAUUAUUGGAUUACACAAGAAAAUUGGUACGAAUCUUUAAAAAUCCUAGUGAAAUUUAAUGAUCCUAAUUUAGUUUAUAAAUAUUCAAAUGUUCUAUUAAUAAAUUCCCCGGAAUCUACAAUAAAUUCAUGGAUGAAAAUUGAUAAUAUUGAUGCUACCGAAUUAAUUCCAUCAAUAUUAAACUAUUAUACGAACUUCCAGAAACAAUCAAUCUCAACCGCAGAGGAACUACAAAAUUAUGGAUUAUUUUAUUUGAAAUGGUACAUUGAACAAACUUAUAAUUUAAAUGUGCCUAUAAUAUACAAUACAGUAUUAUACAUGUUGAUAGUUAAAGAUGGAUCCAUUCCAUUAGUCUCCUCAGAAAGAUCAGAACAAAUGGAAACUUAUGAACAAUCAAUAAUAAAUUUCUUAACAAAAUAUCAUGAUAAAUAUGAUCAAGAUUUUAUAUUAAGAUUGAGUUUAAAAUUCAAAAGAAUAAAAGUUUCCAUUUUCCUUUAUAGUCAAUUACAUUUAUAUGAAGAUUCUAUCAAUUUAGCACUUCAAAAUAAUUUGAUCAAUUUAGCCAAAAUAAUUGCCAAUGACCCAUCACUUGAUGAAAACCUUAAAUUAAGGAAAAAAUUAUGGUUAGAAAUUGCCAAAAAUCUACUAUUUACUUCUACCACUGAUAAUAAUGAUAACGAGAGAGCAAUUGAUUUGAAAUCUACAAUAAGGUCAAUUAUAAACGAUUCCAACAACUUAUUAGAAAUUAAAGAUCUUUUACCAUUUUUCAACGAAUUUACCACAAUUGCUAAUUUAAAAGAUGAAUUAAUUAAAAGUUUAGAAGUUCAUAGUCAAUCUAUGAUCCAAACAUCUUCUGCUAUUAAAAAAUCAUUAAUCUUAAAGAAAAAUAUUAAAGAAGAAAUUAAGAAUUUUGAGAAAAGGUAUCAAAUUUUAGAACCAGGUAAAUCAUGUAAUUCAUGUCAUAAAUUUUUACAAUCAAGGAAAUUUCUUGUUUUCCCUUGUGACCAUUGUUUUCAUACAGAUUGUUUAAUUAAGGAAAUUUUAAACUCUAAUGAUUAUUAUUUAAAGGAUAAGAUUGGUAAGUUUCAAAAAAAUUAUCAAAGGAUAGAAAAUCAGUUAAUUUUAAGGAAUUAG